UCGGUUCAUCAUUUAUCGGACAUUCACAUUUUUUGGUUUUUCACCGUUUAAUUUUGUUCCGUUCAAUUGCUGCUGCCUAAUAUAAUAUUCGUUCGACGGUCUGGUGAAAUUACUUUGAUAUGGAUAUGGAAUUCCAAGACAUCCGUGCCGAAGUGAAGGGACUUUUGUGCACUGGACGACUUAAGUUAACUGAGAACAAUAUUGUGUUUAAAAAUGUGAAAACUGGAAAAGUAGAUCAAUUAACAUCUUCUGAUAUAGAAUUUGUUAAUUGGCAAAAACUAGUUGGUACAUGUGGUGUCAGAAUAUUUUUAAAAAAUGGUAACCUCCAUCGUUAUAGUGGCUUUAAUGAAUCUGAUCAAGAAAAAAUUGCUAAGUAUUUUAAAAACACUUAUCACUUGGAUAUGCUAGAAAAAGAAUUGGCUAUUAAAGGCUGGAAUUGGGGUAGUGCUAAAUUUAAUGGAUCGAUAUUAAGUUUUGAUGUUGGUAACCUAACUGCAUUUGAAAUACCUUUAAACAAUGUUUCCCAAUGUACAACUGGCAAGAAUGAAGUGACAUUGGAAUUUCAUCAGAAUGAUGAAGCACCUGUCAGUCUUUGUGAAAUGAGAUUCCACAUUCCAUCGGCUGAACUUGCAGGUGAACAAGAUUCAGUAGAAGCUUUCCACGAUCAAGUAAUGAAACAAGCUAGUGUUAUAUCCAUAUCCGGAGACGCAAUUGCAAUAUUCAGAGAAAUGCAAUGUUUAACUCCUCGUGGUCGUUAUGACAUAAAAGUUUUUCAAACUUUCUUCCAACUUCAUGGUAAGACAUUCGAUUACAAAAUACCAAUGACUACUGUUCUUCGACUAUUCAUAUUACCACACAAAGAUGGCCGUCAAAUAUUCUUUGUAGUCAGUUUAGAUCCACCCAUUAAACAAGGUCAAACCAGAUAUCAUUAUCUAGUAUUAUUAUUCAAUAUGGAAGAUGAAACAUCAAUGGAACUUCCAUUUACUGAUGAAGAAAUUGAAUCCAAAUAUGCUGGAAAACUAACUAAAGAACUUUCUGGUCCCACAUAUGAAGUUCUUGCUCAAGUUAUGAAAGCUAUUGUCAAUAGAAAAAUCACAACACCAGCCAGUUUUAAAGGUCAUUCCGGUACAUCAGCUAUUGGUUGUUCUUAUAAAGCUGCUGCUGGUUAUAUUUACCCACUUGAAAGAGGCUUCAUUUACAUACACAAACCACCUCUUCACAUUAGAUUCGAAGAAAUUUCCAGUGUGAAUUUUGCAAGAGGUGGUGGUAGUACUAGGUCUUUUGAUUUUGAAAUUGAGCUAAAAAAUGGGGUUAUACAUACAUUUAGCAGUAUAGAAAAAGAAGAAUAUGGAAGUCUGUAUGAUUUCAUUAAUGCCAAAAAGUUGAGAGUAAAGAAUACAGGAAAAUCGGAUAAACCAGCUUAUACUGGAGAUGACUAUGGGGAUUCAGAUAAUGAAGCAGAACCUGAUGCUUAUUUGGCUCGAGUUAAACGUGAAGGACAAGAACGUGAUGAGGAUGAUGAUUCAGAAGAGAGUACAGAUGAAGACUUUAACCCUGAAGGACAAGAAAGUGAUGUUGCAGAAGAAUUUGAUAGCAAUCCAUCAACAACAGAUUCAGAAUCUGAAAAUGAAGGAGGUGUUAGUGGAAGCGGGGAUAAGAAAGAAAAGAAAAAAAAAGAUAAAAAACCUAAAACUGCUAAAACUAUAUCUGAAAAGCCACGAAAACCCAAAAAAACCAAAAAACCAGAUGAUGGUAAACCCAAAAGAGCAGCUUCAGCUUACAUGAUAUGGUUUAAUAGUGCACGUGAUAGUAUUAAAGCUAAUAACCCAGGAAUCUCAUUUGGUGAUAUUGGUAAAAAAGGAGGUGAAAUUUGGAAGAAAAUGUCAUCCAGUGAUAAAGCGGAAUAUGAAGAAAAAGCAUCAAAAUUAAAAGAAGAAUAUAAUAAAGCUAUGAAAGAAUUUAAAGAAUCUGGUGGAGGUGCAAAAGCUCCCAAGGAAUCAUCAAAAAAAUCAUCCUCAACAAAAUCGUCUACUCCGAAAAAAGUUGCAACACCUGUUAAAAGUGGAUCAUUUAUUUCAAAAGAAUUUAUUGAAUCUGAUGACUCGUCAAGUGAUGAUGAUAAAAGCAAAGUUAAAUCUAAAAUUGAAACCAAAUCUUCAGAUGACUCAAGUGAUGAUAAACAAUCUAAACCCAAACAAUCUAAAAUGACUGUUGUUGAAUCUAAAUCGAAAAGAAAAAAGGAGUCGUCUGAUGAAUCCAGCGAUGGAGAUAGAGCUAAAAAAAGUAAGAGUGAUUCAGAAGAAUCUGAUGAUGAUGAAAAGAGUAGUGAAAGCUCACCAGAUCCUAGUGAUUCCGAUUAAGUGUUAUGGUUAAUUAAUUGUGUAAUUGUGUAAUUGUGUACCUUAUUGUCAACUCACAAAUAUUUAAUUAGUUGGUUAAUUUUUUUGUAAACCUUAUUUGUACUUAUAAUUAAAUUAAAAUAUUAUUUUAUUUAUUAGACUCCAUCAAUAUAUUUGGUGUCUUACUUAAUUUAGUACAUAUUUUAUCUUUGUAGUUCA